CAACAAGAACGAAUCUUUUUCCCUGUCAAGCAAGAAAACAAGAAUCUGCAUCAACAAUAACAAGGACAGCUUAAAAGGCUAGCUUGACAACAACAAUAUAAUACAACAAUAAUUUAUCAACAACAUUUACAUCAUCAACAAGAUUUAUCAUACUUGAUUCAUUUUAAUCAUCAAAUCAUAGUGACUGCGUUAUCGGAUUCUUUUCCUUCAUCAUCCACUCUUACCUUUUAGUAUUUAUUCCUUCAAGUUGAGAAAUCCUUUUAAACUGGCAAGCUUAAAGUUUUGUUAUUUUUCCAAUUUGAACAAUACCAGAGAAUAGAAAUAUACUUUUAAUUGAUCAAUCACACAUUCAAAAACAAAAUGAUGAAUAAUUGUUCCCCUUCCGAAGACUCGAUAUUAUGUGUGGAGAGAAUGAACCAUUCUUGUUAUAACAACCACCAUCAUCACCACCACCACUUACAACACCUUACCUCUACUCUAGUCUCACCAUCCUCUUGUCCAAAGUACACUCAUCCUUCACCUAACACACAAGUUUUUAUCAAGACACUCUCUGGUAAAACAAUGACACUUCUGGUUGACUUGAAAAAGGACACCAUCCUUUCAGUCAAGGAAAAGAUUUAUCAGAAAACAUGCAUUCCUGCUCUCAAGCAAAGACUCAUUCAUAGACAACUACAAUUAGAAGAUCAUAAGAAAUUGAGUGACUACCCGACCAUUGAUAAAGAUUCCACAUUCCAUUUAGUAUUACGUCUGGUUGCUGGAGUAAACACCAAGUCAGGCAAAAGUAGAUCCAAAAAGACAAUUCCAAUCAAGACUGAAGAUGGUGCUGAUGCAAUUUCUAAUCAAAUAACAUCUGACAAUAGUAGCACAUCGCUGACACCAACAACAGCUGUUGUUGUUGCAGACUUGACAAUACCCAAGCCAGAUGAUGGAACAAUUGAUGCUUCCAUCAUUAAUACUUCCUCUACCAACGAACUUGUUACAACGUCCUCAUCAUCUAAUAAUAACAAUUCUACAACAACACCUGCCACCACUCGUAAAUCAAGAUCCAAGAGCAACGCUUCCACAAAAAAGUCCUCGAAAAAGUCCACAUCCUCCUCCUCAACAACUGAAAUUAAAGUGAAAGAAGAGCCAAUGGAAAAAGAUAACAACACGAUAGUUUUGGCUUCAUCAGAUUUGAAUAGUAUACAUUCGUCACCUUCAGAGAAUUCGACGAGUCCUUCAUCCUCUACAAUUCCAUCUUCUAACUCUAAUGCUUUAGAGGCAUACUCAGACGAAUCUGAGACAGAUGAAGACGAUUCCGAUUCCGAAGGUGGUGGUAAGGGAAAAAGAUCUGGAAAGAAUAAGAAGAGAGGAUCCUACACAAAGAGAGCCUGUAUAAAUUGUAGGACGGCUCACGCUGCCUGUGAUUCAGGAAGACCAUGUAAGAGAUGCAUUCAAUUGGGAAAGGCUGACAGUUGUCGGGAUGCUGAAAGAAAGAGAACCAAGAAGAGAACCUUGAAUGAAUACGAAAAUGCUCCAGUAUUCUUCCCAUCUCUUGACUCGUUUAUUCCUCUUUUGAGUGGCUUACAACCAGCUCCUCCUUUGGAAACUGUUCAAAAGAGUGAUGAUACCUCCAACAUGUCAACAAAUUCAGAAACCUCUGAAAAGAAGAUUAAGGAUGAAUUUACACCAAAAUCUACCGCUAGAAUUAAGAAGGAAAAGGAAAGUAAGAGAAAGAGUAAGAACCAAUCCUCAAGCACUGAACAGAAGGUUGAAAGAAUGGACAUUAUGGAAAUUUCUCAACCAGAAAAACCAUUGAAUAGUGAAUUGGCAGCCAUCUUUGCUCCAGACACCGCACACUCCACUUUCUUAGAUAUGGAAAGUUCACCAACCACUGAGCAAGAUGUCCAAAUGUUCUUCAACGAUGAGGACAUUUCAUUGGACAAGAGAGGAGGUGAUAAUCUCUCAGAAGCAUUCAAUACAGGUGUUGUACUUUCACCAGAAUCGAAUAAUAGCCAAAUUGAAGAAGUUUUACCUUCUACAGCACUUGCUCUCGUUCCAAACAAUCCAGACAACCAACAACUCAUCUCCAUUCUCCAAUCCUACAAUGGUACUCUUCCUUUCGACUUGACUGAAGCAAUUUCACAGAGCAACAAUAAUGAAAUUGUCAAAAUGUUACUCUAUGAAUAUUUGAGACAAUCACAAGAGCUUCGUGAAUUGAAGCAAUUGGUUGCCUCUCUCCAAUUUACUCUCAUUAAUUUAAAUCCUCCUCAAUUUUCCCCUAACUCUAGCACUCCGUUGAAUGACAUUUCAAACAACACAAUGUAAAUAAACAAUAUUUGGUUAUUU